AUGAACCAAGCAACCUCGGCCACCCGACCGCAGAGCCCUAGAGUGGAGGAGCAAACAACCACGGGAGCGCAGAAAGGGAAGUCGAAAUUGACCGCCGGCGACGGACCAAGGCGUGAGGGCGCGGAGGUGGAGAACGAGAACCCACGCGACAGUGAAGAGGGCUCCGCUGAGCACGAGGUGGAAGAAGACGAAGAGGAUGAAGAGGAGGAGGACGAGGACGAAGAAGAGGACGAUGAUGAUGACGACGAUGAGGUGGACAACUUCACCACUUCCGAGAUCGUAACCGUCUACGUCGGCCCCAAGCGCAAACGGUUCCACCUCCAUCGCGACCUGAUCUGCCAACGGUCCCCCUUUAUGGAAAAAUGCCUCCAAAAGAACCGCUUCGAUGAGGGCUACAAGAACGAACUCUACCUUCCAGAAGACGACCCCAAGGCGUUCAGCAUAGUGGUCGAGUGGAUAUACAGAGGAAGACUGCCCGUCUUUGGGAAUUUCGGGACAAGUGCAAGUAGCGGAGGCAGUGCCGCAACCGCUGCGAGGGCAACCACUGGACUGGACAUGUGCGAUAUGUCGGCUGCGUAUUGCAUGGCGGACAAGUUUGGCAUGGAGGAAUUGCAGAAUGGGAUCAUGGAUUGUAUACGGACGAAUUAUCGACUGGGCAGCGGAAGUGGGAGUGGGAGUGGAGGUGGCCAUAAUCACUCUCACAUCCAUCACAUUAUCGGCAGUGGACACAGCAGCAGAGAAUCCAGCCGACCGAGCUUCGUCUCAAGCCUAUCCGCAGCUGGAGCAGACCGAGACGCUCACACAGGGUCCGAUCCAGCAUUAUCUCCAAACCUCCGCCCCAACUAUUCGGCCCUUGCCCUCGUCCACCUCCACGGACCGCACAAAUCACCGCUGAAACGGUUCUUCAUCGAGCACCUCGUCCACCACAUGAUGACCUUCCCGCGCCAUUACCAUGACCAGACCAGGAAAGGCGUCGCGGACGACAGUGACCGCGCCGAGUUCGAAGACCUCUUCAAGAUCCCGGAACUGUCCAUGUUGAUCAUGCGCAAGGUGUGGCAGUGGCAGAUCGAGAAGUUUGGCGACCCGGCGAGGGACAAGGGUUGCGCGUUCCACGUGCAUUCCACCACGCAAUGCGACUCCAAGGUGAGGUCUGCUUCUGCCAUGGCGGGAAAGGGCAGUACGGGAAGUCGGCCUAUCGGGUCGGGCUUGGGAGGAAGCCCCAGCACGCAUCCGGCGGUGAUUUUGCAGAACUUGGCCAGGACUCAGCAGGGGCAGGCUGGUUGGAUGAGUGGCUCAUCGACGAGUCUGGGAGGAUGGCAUCCCGGCGUUGGGUGGUAG